AUGUGUUCAUAUCUAUCUAUCUAUCUAUCUAUCUAUCUAUCUAUCUAUCUAUCCCAGUCUCUUCAUAUCUAUUUACCUAUCUCACACACUUCAUUCUCUAUCUAUUUACCUAUCUCACAUUCUUCUAUCUAUCUAUCUAUCUAUCUAUCUCUGUCUAAAAUCUACAUAUCGUUAUCUAUCUAUCUAUCUAUCUAUCUAUCUAUCUAUCUAUCUAUCUAUCCCAUUUUCUUCAUUACCCAUUUCAUUCACUUCAUUAUCUAUCUCUCUAUCUGUCUGUCUAUAUAUCUCUCUAUCCGUCUAUCUAUGUCAUUCUCUUCAUUAUUUAUCAAUCUAUCUGUCUAUCUAAUUUAUUUUCUAUUUUAUUAUCUAUCUAUCUAUCUAUCUAUCUAUCUAUCUAUCUAUCUAUGUUAUUCUCUUCAUUAUUUAUCUAUAUAUCUGUCUAUCUAUCUAUCUAAUUUAUUUUCUAUUUUAUUAUCUAUCUAUCUAUCUAUCUAUCUAUCUAUCUAUCUAUCUAUGUCAUUCUCUUCAUUAUUUAUCUAUAUAUCUGUCUAUCUAUCUAUCUAUCUAAUUUAUUUUCUAUUUUAUUAUCUAUCUAUCUAUCUAUCUAUCUAUCUAUCUAUCUAUCUAUCUAUGCCAUUCUCUUCAUUAUUUAUCUAUAUAUCUGUCUAUCUAUCUAAUUUAUUUUCUAUUUUAUUAUCUAUCUAUCUAUGCCAUUCUCUUCAUUAUUUAUCUAUAUAUCUGUCUAUCUAUCUAAUUUAUUUUCUAUUUUAUUAUCUAUCUAUCUAUCUAUCUAUCUAUCGUCAAUUUUAUUAUUAUCUAUCUGUUUUAUUAGAUUCAUUAUCUAUCUAUCUAUCUAUCUAUCUAUCUAUCUAUCUAUCUAUCUAUCUAUCUGUCUCAUUCUCUUAA